AUGUCCGUGAUAGUAAGUAAUGAAGAUGGUCAGAUCUUUCUCCUAAGCAAAGGCGCUGACAAUGUUAUCUUCGAUAAACUUGCAGAUAAUGGUAGGACAUACCAACAGGCAACAACUAUGCACCUAGAAAAUUAUGCAGAAGAUGGCUUGCGAACUAUGGUCUUUGCAUACCGAAAAGUGGAGUUGACUGAGUAUGAACGUUGGAACUCAAUAUUUACAAAAGCUAAGGCCACAAUAGGUCCAGAAAGAGAAGAACUACUAGAGAAGGCCUCUGAAUUGAUUGAGAAAGAUUUGGUUUUAGUAGGAGCCGUAGCUGUCGAAGACAAGUUACAAAAUGGGGUUCCUGAGUGCAUAGAUAAACUUGCGCAAGCUGGCCUGAAGGUAUGGCUGCUCACUGGAGACAAGAAGGAAACUGCAGUCAAUAUUGGCAAAGAAGCUGAAUCUGCCAAUCAAGUGAAGGCUAUAAAAGAUGAUAUUUUACGUCAAAUUGAGAGUUCUUAUCAAGUAACAAUGGAAGAGAACAACAAAGAUUCUCCCUUCGCUUUGGUGGUAGAUGGGAAAGCUCUUGAAAUUGCUCUAAGAAGUGACACAAGGGAUCAGUUCUUGCGGCUGGCGGUUCAUUGUGCUGCAGUUAUAUGCUGUCGUGUUUCUCCUAAACAGAAAGCUUUGAUUACUCGAUUGGUAAAAGAUUACACUGGCAAGACGACUUUGGCAAUUGGGGAUGGGGCAAAUGAUGUUGGUAUGAUUCAAGAAGCUGAUAUUGGAGUUGGAAUCAGUGGUGUUGAAGGAAUGCAGGCAGUUAUGGCGAGCGACUUUUCAUUGCCUCAGUUUCGUUUCUUGGAGCGCUUACUAAUAGUUCAUGGGCACUGGUGUUACAAGAGAAUCACUAAGAUGAUUCUGUACUUCGUGUACAAGAACAUAGCAUUUGGUCUUACUCUAUUCUAUUAUGAAGUAUAUACAUCUUUCUCUGGGGAUGUUUUAUACGAUGAUUGGUAUAUGGUCAUGUUUAAUGUCCUAUUGACAUCCUUGCCGGUUAUCGCUUUGGGUGUCUUGGAGCAAGAUCUUUCAUCUGAAGUGUGUUUGCAGGGACAAAGGAACAUUUGUUUCAGUUGGAAACGAAUCAUUGGUUGGAUAUUAAACGGCGUAUUUGCUUCUCUAGCCAUCUUCCUGCUAAACAUCUACAUACUGUCCCUAACUGCAUUUCGGGAAGGAGAUAUUGCGGACGUCGAUCACUUGGGGACAAUCACCUACACAUGCCUUAUCUGGACCGUCAAUUGUCAAAUAGCUCUCAUCAUCACUCACUUCACAUGGAUUCAACAUUUUCUAAUAUGGGGAAGCAUAUUAUGUUGGUACAUCUUCUUGUUCUUGUAUGGAGCUCUUCCUCCUCAGUACUCUUAUAGAGCUUUUCGCCUCUUGGUAGAGGCUAUAGGGCCUGCUCCAAUUUACUGGAUUGCCACAUUGCUUAUAGUUGUUGUUUCGCUUCUUCCCUACUACAUUCACAUUGUCGUUCAGAGGUUGUUUUAUCCUAUGGAUGAUCAUUUGAUCCAGGAAAUGAAGAGCUAUAGAAAAGAUAUUACUGAUUGUGCUAUGUGGUUGAGGGAGCAACAGAACUCGAACAAGACGACCAACUUUGGCUUUUCGGCAAGAGUUGAUGCCAAGAUCCUUCAACUAAAGGAACAGUUACAUCAGAAGAAGAAAUCAGUGUAUAGAUCUGUAACAAACAGUCCUAUGUAG